GUAAAAAUUAUCAUCUCCUUGAUAUUCGCAAUGGAAUCUACAAAAAAAUGGGCAGAUGGCCCUUUCAAGCUACUUUCAACUCCGAGAGGAUCGUUAGAUGGCAAACCCGAAUCGUUGGCAUCCCGCAAUGCAUCAGAAAUGGCCUUACUUCAUAAUAUUCUUCUUAGAGGUCUCAAUUGCAUUUAUAUCCAAGCGCCCAACGUGAAAGAGACCUUCGAUAUAGCAGAUUUCAUGAAAUUCUGCGAUGCAUGGUCUUCCAUUCUUCAUUCCCAUCAUGCCGCUGAAGAAACAAUUUAUUUCAGAUUGCUCGAUGAGCAAAGUUCUAGAAAUGAUGUUUUCAUUAAUAAUCAUAAUGAGCAUGAAAAAUUCCUUCCGGGCUUGUUUGCUUUUGAUCUUUAUGUUUCGGGAGUGAAAGAUGAUGCGAAACCUUAUGAUGGAUUCAAAUUGAGAGAACUGAUUGAUGUUUUCGGACCUGAUUUGGAGAGUCACUUACAUCAUGAAAUUGGCGUCCUAGUGGAUCUGGAAAAAGAUGAAUCAGUUAAUUGGGAAGAAUGUGGGAAGGCGAUGGCUCAAUAUUCGAAGAAAAAUGCUGAUAAAACGAGAGACGUCCCGUUCUUAAUCACAAACUCAGAUGUGACUUAUGAGUCUGGUAUUCAUGGGCCGAGAUUCCCUCCCUUUCCGUGGUUUGUGGGAUUGAUAUUUAGGUGGAUAUACAUCCCAAAGUUGAAGGGCGCGUGGAGGUUCUCAUGUUGUGAUGAUUAUGGGGUACCGAAGGAACUUCCUUUUGCAUGAUUGAUGAGCUUGCUUGACUGUGAUUUGAGAGUUGGUAUAUCUGAUUCAGACAAGGGAAACAUGAGGGCUCGACUUCUGAUCCUCGAGAUCCGUAGAAUUCGAGAGGGUAACAGCCUUGAGACGAAAUGCGUACGUUCUAUGUAUUGGUUGUGUUUUGGGAAGUUAUCGAAUUUAUGUUUAAGUUUGUAGGUCAGCACGUUUGUGUUGGUUAGUCUUAGCUAGUGAUCUCCGGGGUCAAAAUGAUGCUAUUAAUAAUGAAACCCCUGGCUAAGGAACUAUAAUUGCUUGCA